AUGGGUCUGGAGAUUCCUGAGGGUACACCCGAUCGGGGGCCCGGUGCAAGGGCACUUUUUAUUGUUCUUAUGAUAUUCACGACAUUAAUUACUCUCAUUCGGGUGGCCUCAAAAAUCAUCACGAAGCAACGCUGGUGGUGGGAUGAUUUGUUUGCAAUACUCUCAUGGGCUGCAGAAGUAACACUACUCGGAAUCUUGUUUGCCUGGGUUCAUUUCGGCCUUGGACUCCAUGAAGACUUCGUCGCUGUUCAAAAUUCAGCUUAUCUCAUACACGGCGCAAAAUUAUUUUAUGUUGGCGUCUUUAUUUUCGACACUUCGAUUUGUCUCCCCAAAAUUUCCGCCCUAUUCUUCUACGCUCGUGUCUUCAAUGCCAAAAAUCGAUCUUUACGCAUUCAGUUAUGGGUUCUUGGUGGAUUGGUCGCUGCCUGGCUUCUCUCUGCCUACCUCGUCACUAUUUGGCAAUGCGACCCCAUCGCUAGAGCCUGGAAUACUACUAUCCCAGGAAAAUGCAUUAACAAGUUUGCUUGGUACACGGCCACGGCGACAAUCUCCUGUUUGAUCGAUAUUUGGAUCUUGGUUAUCCCUAUUCCACUCAUCAUGAGACUUAACACUAGUCUUCGUCGCCGUGCCUACCUCCUUGUCGCAUUCUGUUUGACCUAUUCUGUCAUCAUCAUCUCCAUUGGCAGAAUGGGAGCCACGAUACAAAUCAUCCCUCAUGUCGAAGAAGAUAUGACCUGGAAGUUAACAACAUAUAUGUACUGGGUUACUCUUGAGGGAUCAUUCUCGAUUAUAUCGAUCUCUGUCCCCAAUGGUAUAGCCCUUGUGAAACAUCUACGAGGCCACACGAAGAGGCCAAGUGAGAACGCGAGCAACAGCAAGUCUUCCGAACACCAAUACGAAUUCAACUCGCGUCCGAACUAUUCCUCGGUAUAUGGGGGUAAGGCCAGUAUUAGUGGGAACAGCGAUAGCCAGGAGCUUUGUUCAGCCGCAGCAAAUUAUGAUGGCACUGAGAGGACACCGGGUGAUAUCCGGGUUAUGACAAAUAUCCAUGUUCAGGACAGGGCUGGCUUUGUUUGA